AUGUCGGAUCCAGCCCAGGCCAUUCGUGCAUACAUGGUCGGCUCCUUUCAAGAGGUACCGCCUUCCAUCAUCGAUGAUCUCACCAACGGCUCCGUCUCACUGCUUGGCGUCGUACGCCUGAUGGGAGAAUACCUCACAUCCGAAGAAGAAGACACAAGGACGCGCGCGGUACAGCUGCUGUCCGAAAUCACCUGCACUUUACUCGAUCCUGACUCUCAACAGGCCAAUCCGACCAAAGAGCCCCUCAGCAGCAUCUUCACCAUCCAAGCUGUACGCACACUAUCAGCUUUCUUUGCAGACAAGAUCGCAGAUGGUGUCAUCAUCUCGGACAACUUUGUUCGCUCUGCCAAGGCGCCAGAAGUGCUACCCGACACUGCGCCAAGAGCACGCAAGAACGAGGCAGAGCAGAAGACGUUACAGGGCAGUGCAAUGCUCGUCAGCUCGCUCAAGGCUCUCACCGUCCUCAGUGCCUGCAAGGCGCCGUCGCCAUCAUCAGCAUCAUCAGACACCACCACCACGGCAGUCGCUCAGCCUCCGGUCAAAGGAUUCGGUCAGGAACAGGCACACGCCGUAGCAGCUUCUCUCUUCUCCAACGUCAUCGCCACCAACCACCCACAAAGCCUUCGCUUCAUCAUUUACAGACUCCUCGAUAGCCUCGUAGCGCACCACAGAGAUGCACUCAAGGCGUAUCGAUCUUCAUCUUCUGAUGAACAGCCAUCUGUACCCACUCCACCCGCAUCCAGCCCCAUGGAUGUAGACACGACCGCUGACGAUGCAACAGACGCAUCGCGAUCCGAGUCUUGCCAGGGUAAGGACUUCCUGCAAGGCUACGUCAAGAUGGUCCAAGGCGAAAAGGACCCGCGUAACCUCAUGGUGCUUUUCGGCGUAGACAAGGUGCUCCUCACCGAAUGGAUCAUGGAUCGCGAAAUGACCGAAAAGUUCUUCGACAUCACCUUUUGCUACUUUCCCAUCACCUUCCGCCCUCCACCCGACGACCCCUACGGAAUCACCUCUGAUGACCUCAAGGUGGCGCUGCGUGCAGCCAUCUGCGCUUCGCCAGCCAUGGCUCCUCUAGGUUACCCGCUGCUGCUUGAAAAGCUCAGCGCCGCCGGCGGGCCGGCCAAGCUCGACACGCUCCGCACGCUCAUUGCCGCCAUGCCCGUCUACGGUCGUGCAGCAGCCCUAGCCAACGCAAAGAAGCUCUGGGAGGGCCUUAAGAUCGAAAUCUUCCACGCGACUGACGACGAGACUGGCGAUUUGGCCGUCGACACUCUCACCGUUUUACUCCAUGUGCUCUACCACGGCGUCGACCCACCGGAGGGCAUUGCACCCAAGAUGGUUCACGACUGCCUUGUCGAGCUCGAGGAGCCGGGCAAGUCGCUCGCAAAGGCUGCGAUCAAGGUACUCGCCUGCCUUGCUCGCGCAUCUGCCAGCACGGCGUAUUUGGCCGUGUACGGCUUCAUGGAUCAGAUGAUCAAGAUGUUUGCCGACCCAGAGGACCUUGCGCAACGAACACCGAUCUUGGCGGGUAUCGGUGAGCUGCUUGAGUCUCUAGCUAAAGUAUACCGUCAUGCAGAACUCUCUUUGGCUGAUGACGACGGCAAGACGGAAGUGUCGGCUGCGGUAACCGGGAUUGGCUCUGGUCAACUGCUGCCUUCCACAGCGACCGAGCGCAGCUAUACUGGCGACAACCGACCUCUAGACCCUUUCCUGCCGGACUUGCUCAACUGCUUGUCGAACGGACUACGAUCCACCUUGUACCGGCGAUCGGCCAUGCUCGUCUUCUCUUCGGUCGUCUCCAUCUCCAUCCUCAGCAGUAACGGCACGACCACAGCUGCGAACGAUGAGAACACUGGUGCGGCAGCGGUGUCCAAGGCAAACAAGCCGCUGCUGGACUUUGACGAGCUCAGCUUCCUCACGCGCGAAGUUGCCUCUCUCCUCACAACUUCCAUCGGAGACGAUGUGCGCGAAGAGGCACUCUGUGCCAUCGAAGUGAUUUCCAACGAGCGCACUGCCAACACGGUCGCAGCCGCCAACCCGACCGCCAAGGUGAUUGAACAGGUGGUGCUGCCUGUGCUGCUCGAGAACCUACCAGACCGCAUCCAACCGAUGGAUGACCCCGAGGAGCGCACGACGGGCAACGCGAUGGAUGACACUGAGGCCGAACUCGAUCUGAUCAAAGCCAACAUCCGCCGCAGUCUCGGUGCGCUCUCGCGACUCUGCGUCGCGCCGUUCCUGUUCGAAGCGGUCGUCGUCAAGCUGUUUACCAAGCUUGAACUAUGUUGUCGACCCAGUGCUCGGUCUCGCAGCAACAGUGACGACGGCAUCCCGGGUGUCACUAAAUCUAACGAAGAGGGCAAACCCAUCUCGGUCGUCAUGGAGCAGAUCGGAGCCUUGCAGGAAGCUAACGUUGGUUAUGCACGCGGCCUGAUCCUGACGCUGCAGACCAUGGUCGAUCUGAAGAAGCAGAAUGGACAUCGGGAUCUGGCGAAGUAUGCGCAGACGCUGCCUUCGCGUCUCGUCACUCUCACGCUGUCGGGUCUCAGCACCGUUUCAAAGGAAGAUGGCGGUCAAAGACUGAGCAUUGCAGCGCAUCCUGCUGUCGUGGCGGAGAUGGCUGCGCUACUUGGAACGUUCGUGAAGCUGCUCGACUCGAACCGUCAGCGCGAGCUUCUGUCUAAUUUGAACAAAACGUUUGUGGGUGGACAGUCGACGUUUGUUGAAGGUGGCAACAGUGUAGAAGGUGAUUCCCUCAUCGGGUCCGGUUCGCCGUUGACAAAAACGUUUGAGCCAUUCACGUCGACGACUGGUGCUACAGGCCAGUUCGAACUGGCAAGCAGGAACGCUGUAGCGCUACUGUCAGCUGCGAUCGUCGCUUCCUCCCCAGUAGCGGGGGUUGUGGUGCUGUCGGCCCCGACCACGGCUCCAGCAACAAAACACGAAGCCGCACUGGCGUCGCUUUCGACUCUGCUCGACUGGGCGCUCUCUGCCGCCACCAUCUCGUCCAACAGCCUCGACAAAUCGACUGCUCAAGCCUCACAGGCCCUGCAACUCAACAGCGCCUACUGGUCCGUCGUUGCGCUCACCAAUAAGUUCAUCGACGAAACGCAGCAGCCAUUCCUCGACCUACUCGACGCGUUCUGGGGCACACACAUCAAGUCUCCCUCCAGCACCAGUGGGGCGGGCAGCAAGAGGCGCGUGGCGCUGCAGAUGUGGAUGUGGCUGUCUCGCGCGCUGGUGGUCAAGUCGUCCAAGCUGUCCGAGGCGAUGCUGAACCGCGUGCUCAUCGAGGUGUUUGAUGAUGUGGCGGGCGCGAUUCUGGGGCAGCAGGAUCCGACGCAGCUUAUUGCCGCUGCGGGUGGAGGCAGAGGGGCGAAAGCGGUGGACUGGAAGUUUGCCAAAGCGGCCGCCCGAGAUCUGUCGGCGAUUGUCGGUGUGGGUGAUGACGGGAUCACAACCAAGGAGAACGGGUUUACGGUGCGGUUGCUAUGGAAGCAGAAGCUGUUUUCGUUCCUUCUCCCGCGCCUGCUCGAGAGCUACGAGAACGCGGCCAAGUUGGCGCAUCGCCACCAGAAACAACACCACCACGUGCACGGCGAGAGCUGCGACCACGACAACGACGUCGAUGUCAAGACAAUCUACCUCGUCUGCCUAGCGGGCCUGCUGCCCAGCCUACCAUCGACCAUGCUCGUCGAGCGGCUGGAAGGGCUGUUCCCGCUUCUGAUCCAAGCGCUCACGCUGCCAGACAGCAAAGCGCGCUCCGCAGCAGCCAACGCGCUCACUGUCGCCAGCGAGGUUGGCAAAAAGCUCCCGUCGACAUCCACCUUCGACCCCACGGCACUGAUCGCCUCGCAUCUCAGCUCGAUCACGGCACGGCUGCUGGAUAACAUCUCGGCGUCGCCGUUCACGCCGGCGUCGACGCGCAUUGCUGCGCUGCGCACGCUCACCAGCCUCGCCGCCAAGCCGGACGAUGAUGACGACCACGACUCGGCGGCCAAGCGCGACAGCGGUCUGCAGCACCACCACCUGCACCCGCUCAGGGGGGUCGUGCUCAAGAACUUGGCCAAGGACGGCGUCGGGAUUGACGACAGGGUCAGGGCGGUGAGGAGUGUGGCGGUCGACGCCAGGGACGCAUGGUUCGCCGUGAGCGAGACCUGA